CUCCCAGCAGCACAUGAAGACAGCUAUCUGCAGCUGCACAGAUAAGCACUUCACAUCUCAGCUUCAGACAUAGCUAAAAAUAAUAUAGACUUGGUAAACACAGUGAAGCCCAGCAGAGCCCUGCGAUUAUCUUCAUUCAACUAUGAACUAUCUGCCAAUACGAAAGGGCAUCACUUGCCCACCUCAAGAUGCUAACUGCACCAGGAUACUUGAGUCCAUGAACACCUGGAAUAAUUCCGAAGCCAGUUCUUACAAACUUGUGGAACUGCCACCAAUGGUGACCACGGAACCACCUAGAGAAGUUAUACAUCAUGCUUACCCUACAGCCGAUGUUCCAGAUCAUGUACAUUACACUAUUGGAGCUGUGAUCCUGGCAGUAGGCAUAACAGGGACAAUAGGUAAUUUCCUGGUCAUCUAUGCUUUCUGCAGAAGUCGCAGUCUUCGAUCCCCAGCCAACAUGUUUAUCAUCAACCUCGCUAUCAGUGACUUCUGCAUGUCCAUCACUCAGUCACCAGUGUUUUUUGCAACCAGUUUACAUAAAAGAUGGAUUUUUGGAGAGAAAGGUUGUGAACUAUAUGCAUUCUGUGGAGCUCUAUUUGGAAUUACAUCCAUGAUCACGUUGAUGGUGAUUGCUGUGGAUAGGUAUUUUGUAAUCACUCGGCCACUCGCCUCUAUCGGAGUGAUGUCCAAGAAGAGAGCAGUGCUAAUCCUUUUAGGUGCCUGGCUGUAUGCUUUGGCGUGGAGCCUCCCUCCCUUCUUUGGUUGGAGUGCCUAUGUCCCUGAAGGGCUCUUCACCUCCUGCACAUGGGACUAUAUGACCUUCACACCAUCUGUUAGAGCAUACACAAUGCUCCUCUUCUGCUUUGUCUUCUUCAUACCCCUUUUUGUCAUUAUCUAUUGCUACAUAUAUAUUUUCAAGGCCAUCAGGAAUACUAACAGGGCUGUUCAUAAAAUCGGCUCAGAUGACAACAAGGAAUCUCAGAAACAAUAUCAGAAAAUGAAAAAUGAAUGGAAGAUGGCCAAGAUUGCUCUCAUUGUCAUCCUUCUGUAUGUGAUUUCAUGGUCUCCAUAUUCAACGGUGGCAUUAGUGGCCUUUGCUGGAUAUGCAAAUGUCUUAACCCCGUACAUGAACUCGGUACCUGCUGUGAUCGCUAAGGCAUCUGCAAUUCACAAUCCUAUUAUCUAUGCCAUCACUCAUCCUAAGUAUAGAAUGGCUCUUGCAAAAUACAUUCCUUGUCUGCGGCCAAUACUUAGAGUAGCCCGCAAAGACUCCAAGUCCUUCAGCAGCUACCCAUCAUCUAGACGUUCCACUGUCACCAGCCAUUGCAGUCAAUCUUCUGAUUUGGGUGGACAUCAAAAACUGAAGAACCGUCUACCCUCUGUCUCUGACAGUGAAUCAGGUUGGACUGAUACUGAAGCUGACAUCAGUAGCGUGAACUCCAGACCAGCUAGUAGGCAGGUUUCCUAUGAGAUGAGCAAAGACACCACUGAGAACAAUGACGCCAAAUCCAAAGCUAAGCUGAAAAGCAAUGAUUCUGGAAUAUUUGAAAAGAACUCAAUGGAUGCAGAGGAUAUUUCAUUAGUAGAAAUAGGUCCAUCAGACCGUAGUUCCCCACUUGCUACAGGAAAAUAUUUGAAUGGCUAUGGCCAAAAGAAAGGAGAUCCUAUCGCCCGUGUAGCAGCAUCAAGAAUACCAAGUAUCAUAGUGACCUACAGCAAUCACCAGGGCAACCAAGCUGCAGAAGAACAUUACUCAACCCUACCUUGUCAUAGAGCCAACGAUGAUCAGGAGAAAGAUGUCAGAAGACAAACCGACAAAUUAAAGCAGAACUCAACCACCAUCAUACCUGAGACUAUACCAGAAAAUAGCACAGAAAUAUUCACAUGUCAGUCAUCACCAAGUGGAAUAUUAUGAAACCUCCAUCAAUGUAACAAAUUUGGUCUGAAUCUUCAUGCUAUCUUUUUUCUUGUUUACUCUAAGCAAACCGUAGUUACAAAAGGUAGCUAGAUAUAAUAUAUUGUCAAUAUUCAAUCCCUUACAGGUAACUUAAAGCAUUACUGUUAUUAACAUAAACUUUAGAUCAUGUCAUCCAGAUGUGUCAAAACUUGUUUAGAUUGCACCAGGUCUAUAACCAGGUGAAGAAUGUAGCAGCGCCCUUCAGUGUAUGGCCAGUCGCCUGUCUGAUUAGUUUACUCCAUUAUAGUCUAUUGAGAGAAUGAGUUGGAUCUUUUGGCCGGCAAGGCCGUCAACCAGAUGGCUGUGCACUUUACCCAGUUAUAACACCCAGCAGCAUAUAACUUCCAGCAAUUAUGUACACCACUUGUUUUAACAGCGGGCUACGGAGAAGAAAGGAUAUGCAAAUCAGCUCUUAUACCACUUUAUUUCCAAGUGGCUUCCCCUAAAGUCAAUGUUUUAUUCCAACUAGGAGUCUUGGAAACUACCAAGACUUUAAAUGUCAACUUCCCUUUAAAUGUCAACUGUUUGCAUAAGGUUAGUUUAAUUACCCCAAAAUGUGAUAAAAUUAAAAAGGUAUUUCACUUUUUUUUUCUUUUUUUUAUUGUGCUCAGGCAGGUGAUAAAAAGAGGGGAAAAAAACUAUACUUACCCUGCAUGUUACCCCGCCAUUGCCGCUAUUAUUACAGAGCUUUGAUCCUGCUACAAAGCACUUUUGGGAUCAGCAAGAAGAAUUCCCUGCUCAGCCAAUCAGAGGCUGAUGGGGGAAACAUCCUUGUCCACCAAUUGGCUGAGUAGAAAACUCUUUAUGCUGACCCCAAAAGUGCCUUGCAGCAGAACCAGAUCUCUGGGAUAAAGAUGGAGGCGGGGGAGUGAGGUAGGGGAGCCUUUUUUUCUUCUUUUUAGCACCUGCCUGAGCAAUAAAAACCAAGAAAACAUGGAAUGUUAUACUUGUAUAAUAUUCUGAACUUGAAAGGCACCUUAUUUACUUUCAUCUCAUGUUUCUGUUUAAUUUUAAAUUAUUCUGAGUUUUAUUUCCCUUUCAUGUAUUUAAGUAUUACUAUGAGUGUAGAUUAUAUUAGCCUCAAAUGGGAUAUUUUUGGACUUAUAUUUUUGAGACCGUUCAGCAUUUGUCUUUUCUUAUUGCACUUUAGGGUUGAAUGAAAUCUGUCAUCAGUAUCACCCUUGUAGUGCAGUGUAGUUUACCUUCCUGCACUCUGCAGCUUCGUUGGCCUGUUCUGCGCAAUUUUUUAAUGCUAAUAAGCUGUCUUGGUGAAUGUGGGGCAUUUUUUUUAAGAGCCGAGGAACAAGCUCUCCAAUCACCCAAAGUGCAAGAAAAAGUGCAAACGUGUUACACUAAAAAAUGUGCAAAGGAUGUGGUCCAUCGCAAGCCCUUCUCCGACAGGAGAGAGGCCCCCCCAACAAACCUUACCCUUCGCCUCUGGACCAAAAGGUACCUGCAAGGUUCCAGGUUCGAUGUCCAUUGAAGCUACUAAGGGACCACAAAUGGCGUUAGCCAAGGUAUCUGCCCACAGAGCUGUUAAUGGUCAGUACCCUGCCCAUGCCGGAGUACCCGAGGUUUUCUUUGCAGGGAGGUGCGGAACCUAAUGGCCACAAACACCUCCCCUAGACCAAUAGGAGGGACACCCAGAAGGAAUACCGCAUCCUAACAAUCCUGUGGACACACAACACACAAAAAGUGACACAGUGAACAAAAAUAAAUAAAUAAGUGAAUGUGCGCAGGUACACUGCCCGAAUGCAUAAAAAUUUCUCUGAUCCUAGCCAAGAGGUGAGUGCCACUAAGGUGAAGAGAUCAUGGUGCCAGUGCUUUAACUCAGUGAGUCAAUACCCCCAGUGGCACUAAAGUACCUCGGCUCUAGACCCUCUCGGCCUCAUGGCGAGACCCGGAGGAAACAGGUCAAAUUCCCAAGCCACAAGUGAACCCUGACAUCCAGCUCGCUUCCUCCUCUAUUAUGAAUUUGCAUGACCCCUCCCCUGUGAAAUCUCUCUUGUGAGAGGAGAAAUUUCACUUACUCUUUGCUGGUGGCGAAUACUGCGUAAGCACAGCUUCUGGGUGUACAGGGGAAGCGUUAUGCAUAUUCAAAAGGUGGGCCAGUGGAAGAGGGCGGAGGAAGCAGGAUGGAUGUCAUGGUGCACUUGGGGCUUGGGAAGUCAGCUAAUUAGCAUAUUCUGAAAAACAGGCAUAGUGGAUAAACUAAGUUAUGGAGUGUAUAAAGGUAAACACCAUUUCUAUCAGUGUAAUCUGCAUUACAGGCAGGUUGGUGCAUGUGAUACUGAUGACAAAUUCUCUGUAAGGUUUUUCUUACAAUAUUUUGGUGCUGGUAACAUGUCACUUAUUCCAUGCAUAUUCCACGUGGAAAAUGCUUUGAAAAUCCAGGAUGCUGGUUAACUGCAUUAACCUCUUCCCUCUUUGGCAAUUUUUCAUUUUUGCACUAUAGUUUUUUCCUUCCUUUCCAUGUAAGGAAUGAGGGCUUGUUCUUUGCACCAACAAUUUUACUUUGUAAUACCAUUAAUAAUUUCACCACAAAAUCUACGGCAAACCCAGGAAAAAAUUAUUUGUGGGUAAAAUUUUUUAAAAGAAAGCGAUUUUGUAAUUUUUAGCGGCUUCUGUUUCUACGCAGUGCAGUUUUCGGUAAAAAGUGCACUUUAUUUAUUCUGUAGGUCCAUACAGUCACAAGGAUACCCAAUUUAUAUAGGUUUGAUUUUAUUUUACUACAAAAAAAAUUUAUAACCACAUGCACCAAAAUUAAUACGUUGAAAAAUGUCCUCUUCUGACCCCUAUAACUUUUCUACUUUUCCGUAUAGGGCUCAUUUUUUGCACCAUGUUUUGAAGUUUUUAUCGGUACUAUUUUUGUUUUGAUUGGACUUUUUGAUCACUUUUUAGAAAUUUUUUAUGGGAGAAAAAGUGACCAAAAAUACGCUAUUUUGGACUUUUUAAUUUUUUUUUACAUGUACGCC